AUGAUGUUGAACUUGGGAUGUCUUACGCAAAACUCACACUCACAUCCAUACCCACACCCACACCCACACCCACACCCUUGUUCGCGUUUAUCGGAAUUCGAUCGAAAAUUGAAAACAGAUAGGCAAAUAUUAUUACCUAAACUGCGUGGUGGUGAAGUAGAAGCAAUAGAAUUUGAUCAACUGUUUCAAAGAAUUGAUUCAUCAAUUUUCAAUCGUCAAAAGUUUGACUCACGGCUUGAAUCGAACAGCGAAGAAUCAGCAUUACUGACAUCAUUCGAAUCGAUUUCAAUUGUAUCGACACCAUUGUCUGCUAUCAUCAGUGCUAUUCAAUAUGAUUUUGUUUGUCGUCUAUGUUUACAUUAUACAGAAUUAAAUGACGCACAACUUAUGCAAAUGUCUGAUUAUCUUCAUAAUCAUCAAUCUGAAACCAAUACAUUUACUAAUACUACUGAUUUGACUAACUUUAGAUCAUGGCUUGAAAGUCACAAUGUUAUUAAUAGAAUUCGAACUGAAUUCGUUCAGUUUAUUGAAUUUACUAGGGCAACUAAGAAAAAUUGA